AUGGAUUUAGAAAUAGACAAAUAUCAGCAACCACCAGCCAUUUCACAACCUAAAACUUUAUCACCAUUAAAUUAUAAUACCACAUCAUCAUCAGUCUCACCUUCCUCACCCUCCAUUGACAUAAUAAAAAAUCAAAAUAUUGAAGAACAAAAUGUUGAACAGCAACAACAACAACAAUUACAAUUACAGGAACAAUUUUUAAAGGAUCAAGAUUUUAUUGUUGGAGACGACGAUGAUGAAAAUGUAAUUAUUUCCUGUAUGGAAAAGAAUGAACAACAACUACCUUUAAAGGACAAUAGUGGUUGCGGUGACUCUAUUGUUGGAAACAUCGAUGUUAAAACUUCAAUUUCAUUGCCUCAACUCCAACUGAAAAGUGAACAUCAUCAUAGGAAUUUCAAUCAAUCGGCACCUUCUCGAGUCGUCGAGUGUGGUGCCAACGCCAUUGAAUUUUGUCAAGGCGAUCGCGAUGAAGUGGAAGCUCUACUUUCCAACGGAUUGCGACUCUCCUUCCAAGGUGACCUCAAUCGAUUCUCCCCGAUUGGAACACCCCAUGCAUCGAAUACACAUCACUAUAUCCCAUCUAUUCUCUCAACAGGCUAUCAAGAUGAAACCACAUCCUCCAUGGUCGACGACUCUGACGCUGAACAAACAUCAUCCACAUCACUUUCUUCCAAUGUUUCAAAUACCACCAAUUCACACUCACACUCAAAUUCACACUCACACUCACAUUUACAUUUAAAUUCAAUUUCAAAUUCACAUUUACACGUACAUCAUUCAACUGUAACACCAUCUUCCACUACAACCACAAUUAUAAAAUCUUCACAAUCUGGAUCAGUGUCAUCGUCACACUCGAGCACGGAAUACUACAAUUAUCUUUAUCAACAACAGCUGCUUCUCCAACAGCAACAACAGCAAGCAGCACUCUCUCCAAAUUCACAAUUGAAAAUCACAAAGGAGCCCGUCGACAGACCGGUUGGAGGCGGCUCCAAGAUGACCCGCACAACAUCGACCACCGCAUUACUCACCAAUUUUCAAACACCGCUUCCUCAUCUACUACCACCACCUGCGCAACCACAAACACCACCACCGAAAAUCCAGCUCUCCAUCAAGAAGAAGCCGUCUAGUGACGAGCUGGUCUAUCAACGCCAAAACAUAGUCAAUACGAUCAUCAGCAGUAACACCAACAGUGCCAACAGCAACAACAACAAUCCCAAUAUCAUACCGGUGAUACCUCCACCAAUGUACAGUCACGAAAAAGGUUGGAAGCCAUCUUGCAAAUCCGGACCGGCAUGGGAUCUAACCGUUUCAAUCAUCAGCUUCUCAAAGAUAACAUCUUUCAUAGAAUACAACAUACAUGUCCAGACAAGUUAUUCAGAAUGGGUAGUACAUAGAAGAUAUAACAAUUUUUUAUUCUUGGAUAAAAAGAUAAGAAGUUGUAGUAUCAAUACAACACCAAAUAAAUCACUGAUGCCUUUGCCACCAAAGAAAUUGAGACCAUCGUCAAACAAGGUAGUCAAUAGCAGACAAGUUACACUGGAGCGAUACUUGGUGACGAUGCUUUCAACACAUCCUGGUAUAUUCUAUACGAACCCAGUUAAAAUCAAUACAGAUUUUACAAUACAAACUUUCAUAAAUUUACCUGGGCGAUAUAAUCUUUUAAUAUCAUCUACUUCAAGAUUAGUAUAUCGUGUUUUGUAUAAAUCUCCACAACAAUAA